GUAACUUGCCAGGUUCUGAUGCUGCUGUUACCAGCGUUUGAUAGGGAUAGAGAGAGUUUUUCUUUUCUUUUUUUUCUCUCUCUCUCUCUCUCUCUAUAUAUAUAUAUAUUUUGGUCGUGUCUUCGAAGUCGCAAUAUUAUUGCAGUUGUUGGUAGUGUGAGCAGAUCUGUUUUACGAUGGAGGAAACAUGCAUGUGCAAUUGGACUUCAUAGUUGUGAGGUUCUCGUCUGUUGAUUUCUUCGAGAUGGUGUUUGAACACCGCAUUUUAGAUGAGUUUCCAGUUGCAGUUGUGCGAUAACUCUUAAACACCAUGACACGGAAUCCUCUUCUGGACGCUCUGGUCUCAGAGCCCUCCAUGGAUCUCGAGAGCAAUGGAGUGUCUUCGGAGCAAAGCGAUGCUCUUUCGGCUUCGACAUCCAGACCUGCCCUAAGCAAGAUGUGGAUGUGUGUUGUGCUCUUUACUGCAGCCUGUUGCAUUGCAAUGCUAGCUCAUCCUACUGCGGUAACGACAUACCUGUCCGAGGUCUCCACAGGAACCAAACUACACCACGGUGAGCUGCGGCGCGUCACGCACGCCCCAAUCUCAUCCACAUCUGGGAAUGGCACAAUCCUGCCACGAGAAGUGGCCAGCUAUCUUCACCGUACCUCCUUCCACUUCCAGCCGGAGAAGAACUGGAUGAACGAUCCCAAUGGACCCAUGUACUACAAGGGAUAUUACCAUUUCUUCUACCAGUACAACCCCAACGCUCCCGUCUGGGGUGACAUCGUUUGGGGCCACGCCGUCUCCACGGAUUUGAUACACUGGCUCUACCUCGAUAUUGCUCUUGUCCCAGAUCAGUGGUAUGAUAUUCAAGGAGUGUGGUCGGGGUCCAUCACUAUGCGUGAAGACGGUGUCCCUAUAAUCUUGUACACAGGCUCCUCGCAUGCUUCUGAGCAGACGCAGAACAUUGCUUACCCGGAAGAUCCCUCGGACCCACUCCUCCGCAAGUGGGUCAAGGAUCCUGAAAAUCCCAUCCUGCGCCACCCGGACGGUAUUGAUAUCAGGGAUUUCCGCGACCCCACGACCGCAUGGAAGGACGUAGAUGGACACUGGCUAAUGACUGUGGGCGCCAAGAGGCACAACAUGGGGGUGGCGCUGCUAUAUAAGAGCAAGGACUUGAAGCACUGGGAGUUGCAAGAGAAUUUUCUCCAUGGCGUCGCCAACACUGGGAUGUGGGAAUGCAUAGAUUUCUAUCCUGUCUCUGUGCUCGGCUACCGGGGUUUGGAUUCUUACAGCGCGGCCCCAUCGGUGAAGUAUGUGCUGAAAGCCAGCUUGGACGAUGACAGGCACGAUUACUACGCCCUGGGCUCGUACAACGUGAAGAGCAAGUCUUUUCACGCUGACGACCCGUCACGCGACACAGGCAUUGGUCUGCGCUACGAUUACGGCAAGUUUUACGCCUCUAAGUCGUUUUACGAUGCAGCGCAGCAGAGGAGGAUCCUAUGGGGUUGGGCUAAUGAGUCGGACAGUGAAGCUGCCGAUUAUGCCAAGGGUUGGUCCUCUGUUCAGGCAAUCCCUAGGACUAUCCGAUACGAUUCAAAAACUAUGCGAAAUUUAAUUCAAGAACCUGUGGAGGAGCUGAAGGAACUUCGUGGCCCCAGAGUUAGCCAGAAGUCUGUAAGGCUCGCGCCAGGCUCUGUUGUUGAAGUUCACGGCGCCAUUGGUGGGCAGUUGGACAUUGAAGUGGUGAUAGAGUACCCUAAUGUCACCAAGCUGUCCCAAAACGGAGCCCUGAUUGAUGAUGGAGACCACUUCGAUUGCAGCCAAGGAGGCGCCGCGCAUCGUGGAACAUUCGGUCCAUUCGGACUGCUCGUGUUGGCCGACGAGAGCCUAAAUGAGCGCACCGCUGUGUUCUUCUACAUUUCUUAUUCUAAAGAGGGCAAGUGGAGGACGAGAUUGUGCAGCGAUCAAACGAAGUCGUCCAUGCUGCCCGAUGUGGACACCACCAUCUAUGGUAGCUUUGUGGAAGUCUUACCCUCGGAAGACUUCCUCUCACUCCGGGUCCUGGUAGAUCGUUCCAUAGUGGAGAGCUUCGGGCAAGGAGGCCGCAUGACGAUCACCUCACGAGUGUAUCCAACCAUGGCCACCGACACGGCUUCCCACCUCUACCUCUUCAACAACGCCACCACCGCCAUCACCGUCAGAAGCAUCGAUGUCUGGCAGAUGCGGUCAGUGGCAAUGCAUGCCAUCUAAAUGCUUUCAUCAAGCGCUUGUAUACUUUAACUGUACUAAUACAUUUCUCGGUGGUCGCACAAUUGUGCGUGCGCUGGGUGAGGGACGGGCUGGGUUGCUGCCACAAAUGUGGCAGCAGUUUUUCGUAAAAAAAAUCAAUCAAUUCAUGGAAGAUAGGUGAUUAUAUUGGCAAUGAAAGCCUGAAAGGUAAGGCGUGUUGGAGGACCGAAUCAGCAUACAAGUGGAGUUGGCUAUGACCACCUUGUAUUACAUUGUGCUAGUUUUUUUUUGAAAUUACAGAGCAAUUACAAUUAGAGUAGUGAGGUUAUGACUGAGUUUUAAGACAGCUUGCAAGUAAAUGGAUUUUUUUUGGUUUUAGGGCAGGUUCUAGAUACCUUGUAUACUGCUAAUUUUCUUGAUACCAAGUAUUAAGUCCACGAGGUGGAUUCUCUGGUAAUCCUCAGGUUCCUUAUAUUUCUGAAAAACCUCCUUACAAGCUUUGUAACAUACCCUUUUGUGAAACCCAUGUACUCACCUGUGUUUGCUGCUUAUUACGGCUCAAGCAUAUUCAUCA